AUGCUUGCCAUGACCUACAACUGCAGCUUGGAAAAGAAAGCACGCGAGCAAAAUGAGUGCAAAAUUCGAUACAGAACUUCAUUUACUGACACCGAUAGAAACUAUGAUUAUAUCUCUGCAAAGGACGCCAUCACCGGAGAAGGAGCGAUGAUCCUCGCUGGGGACAGGUGGUUUGACCAAUUCCUCUACAGCCGAAGAAUUAAAAACGUUACGCCAGAGGAGGAGGACUUCGCAACGUUGCCAUUCUUU